ACCAAAGAAGUCAAAGAGGGUAUACUUCCUUUUUCACACAACUGUACAUGUUAUUGCCAAAAGUGAAGUAGUCCUGGGUCUGUACCUCAUACCGUCUGAUGCCAAUGUGUGUUGUGUUGACAUCACUGAUGAUGAUGGCCUGAAGUCCAUGGUUGUGUGGGAUGUUGGCAUAUAGUGCCUCAACAUCCAUGGGAGCUAAAACGGGGUUUUUAGGGAGAUCGACUGUGGAGUUCAGUUUUCUGAGGAACUCUGGUAUCCUGUCUGUAGCUGGGAGUGCUGGUGGCAUAAGGCUGAGGUCUGAGUUGGGAUGUAGGUAGAAGAUGCCUGAUCAGGGCUCCUAGGAUGUCUCCAUGCAGAUACCAUCUUGUAUGUUCCUGGGAAAUUAUUUUAUCAAUUACAUAGUUCUUUCUGAUAUCUUGCUGUGGGAUCUGAGGAUGGAAGUUGGCAGAACGUGGGUUUGAGAGUUGCUUCUAAGCUUCUUUGACAUAAUCCACUUAUUCAUUAUGACAGCUGCCCCUCCUUUCUUUGAUGUUGUUCUUGAGGUUUUGGAUGAUAUUUUUAUCCUCCCCUGCUGAGAUUGGAAGGUGCAAAUAUACACACGCCCAGGAUCCUGAUGGACUGGUUUUCUUUUUCCCCUGGCUGUAAAGGCACCAGAAACUUCUUGAGAAGUUUCCUUUUGUGGUGAAAGAGGGAUUGUCAAAGAAGGAAGAUUUAGAUAUCAUCUAGUUGGAUUGCUAUGUGGCACCCAUCCAUAUUUUCCAAAAGCAUGCUUCGCCAUUGCUUGGUAAAAAUAGUCAUGCAAUUGCUCUGGAUUUGAGGUGGGGGGCAGGCAAGGCGUUGGCCUCCCUCUUUCAUCAUUUUAGUGUGUAGCAGUUUUUGCUAACGCAGCGUCCCCUUGCUUUUUGCAAAAGGGCUCAGUAAGCCUUACCACAAAAAAAUCUCCAGCAUUUUCAGUCUAGCAUUUAGAGGUCUGAAAUUCUUUCUUGGCAUUGGUGGGUGGCUGUUCCUCCUGCUUUUGAGAGGGGGGCCCUGAAGAUGCCCCACAUAGAAGGGAAUUGGGGCCUAGGAGCAGUGAUCCUGGGGCUGGCUAAGUGUAGAUGGGGAAACACGUUCAGCCAUCUUGACCAACAGUGUUCAAGAGAACUCCGUGAAUCUAAAAUGGGUCCAAACUUGAACUGUCUGUUCUGGGGUGGGUGAACCUGACCCUUCUGGCUUAGCAGUGUGUUUGUGAGCCCAGGAAAUUGAAAGCAAAAUGGCCUUGAAAGAACGACCUAAUGCAAAGUCCUGCAAGCAGGCUACGUCACUCUGCAGACGCUUCUGCGAAAUGCUUUUUCCUCGCAGGCAGAAAAGCGAGCUGUUGUUGCGUUCAGGCUCUUGAACUGAAGAGGUUUGCAAAGCUGCUGUUUUCAUCCUCCUUCUGGACAAAGAGUAAUUGAAAAGUCGCAGUCAAGGGCGGGUCGCAUCUCUGGCCUUGAUCUCUGGCCUAGCAGCUACUCACGGCUCUGUCUGCCCCACUCCAGGAAGCUCUGUGGGUUGGAAGCGGACUCUGCCCCCAGUUGUGUGAGGCUGGGGCGGCUGAGAGAGCCAGUCAGCCCCAGCGCUGCAGGGUGACGUGCCAUCUGCCCCUCCCCUGGCUUGGGGAGCCAUGUGUUCUCCGUCUUCCUGGGCAGAGCGUGGGAACCUCCCUCUGCUUUGCCCAACCAGCUUCUCCGCCUUCCUUGCCGCUGCCUCCAUCGCAGAACCACGACGGGCUGGUGAAGCGUCGGGGGCAGAGCGGAGGGGAGGCUCCCUUUGCGUGGGGCACUUGCAGACUCCCAGGCGGCGCUGAAAUGCUGCAGCUGGACCCAUAGCAAACCAGACUGGGACUUGUCGCUCAGGAGUGGCUGGAGUGUCCUGGACUCCCCCUUCCUCCCUGGUGCGAAUGCCAGAUUAGCAACUCUCGGUCGGUCUUGCCCAUGCCAGCCAUGGGAAUUCUAGGUGUCCUAGUAUCUCUAGAAGGUUCGGGCUCUUGCAGAUCGGGAUGGAAGUUGCAAUUAUAACCUGAAGGGAAACUGGUUUGGUGUCUUCCUUACAAGUGUCUUCCCAGGGGCUCCGAUGGUGCCCCCCUGCCCGCCAUCCCUCUGUAAAACUAAAGCAAGGUACAUUUUGCCGUUGCCAAUUCCAGUUGCCCUAUUCUGGUCUCAUUUCCCUGCAGGGAAAUCAGCCCGAGAACCACAGGUUUGCCCAUCUGUUGGAACUUGCUAACUGGGGGCUUGGAAAGGGCUGCCUCCUCGCUUCACCCAGCCCAGGUUGGGCAGCCCUUAGUCCAGGAUGGUCUGAGGAUUCCUGCCCUGGGCAGGGGGUGGGCUAGGAGACCUCCAGGAUCCGUUCCUUCCAACCCCACAGUCCUGUGGUCCUGGGCUGGGGAUAAGAAGAAGGCAGGGCAAUGCAGAGCCAAAGGUUUUCAGGGCAUCUUAAUGCCAUGAUUGGGCCAAGGGGAGAAAGGCCUUAAGCUGCUCCUUGCUGCGAACGCCUGAGAGGUCUCCCCAAGCUGGAUUUGGGAGUGUCCUUCAUGCAGUCCCUCUUGGAGAGGUGGCAUGAACCGAAGAGCAGCGUUUGAGGCCCGGGGUGGUCACCUGCUCCUCCCAGGGAGCUCCCCACGUGGCUGCCAAGCCACGAUCCGCAAUAUGACAAAAGAGGAAGAUGUAACUGAGGUAAAAUCUCAGUAAAAUAACUAUAUGUCAUCUCAGUUAAAUGGUGACCCAAAGGAAAUGACAGUUGGGUCACUCAUGUCUCCCCCUGCCACAGCCCCCAAACCCCUAAAAACACUCAGGGGCCUCUUUGGGUUGGCAAACCUUUCCACAAACUACCAUUUUAAGAAUCCUUAACAUUGCAAGUGAGUUUGGCUGAAGGCUGCCACGUUUCUUGUCCUACAGUACUUCCCAAGCUGUAUAAGGAAAUGUGCUUCUGGAUUUAAUGUCUGGGCUUUAAAAUGCACAGUUUUCUGCUUUUUGGUUGCUGUCUUCCACUGUGGCCUUCCUGAUGAGAAAAGAAGGGUGAUCUUAGCAUUAAUUUCACGAUGGGCGUGGCAGCGCCUAGGUGAAAGAUUUCCGGGGCUGGGGUCUGUCCCCCAUCCCACCCCCCACCCCCCUUGUGCAGAUCUGUCGCCAGCAGCCUCUUCCUCCUGUGAGGACACGGGAAGAAGACCUUCUUCCCGAACGUGAGAGGCAGAAAGAGAUCCCAGGGAGCUACGAGGCCUGACCUGCUCCCUUCACCCCGAGGGCAGCGGGGUAUUGGGGCGUACACCCAGCCGCAGGUCUUCCUUUAAAUACGGGAUCCUGGGCAUAGCCAGUUACCUCCUUGCCUCAUCCAGAAGGUUGUUGAUGGAGGUGACUGAAAGGGAGGAAAGGAGACAAACUUGUUUUCCCAGCUGGGAGGCUGCAAGCUGGAAGAUUGGUUCUCGGUCUUCCCAGUACGUCACAAAAAGGUUUACCCUUUUAAGAAACUGGGGUUUUGGAUAGUAAAUCAGUGGCUGAAGUAUCUGCUGCGUUCAGGCUAGCGGGAAGAGUUAGGAAGAGUGUGGCUUGGGCUGAGGAGGGGGUUUUCGCAAGGGUCCACCUCUGGGGAGGCUCCGGGUGUCUGAUUCCUGGCCUUUGCUUGUCUCUUUAGGAUCAUCAAAAAUGUGGUCCGCACCUUCAAGUACGUCUACGGCCUGAGGCUCGAAGUGAAGGGUCUGGAGCACUUCGAGCUCGAGGGUCCGUGUGUCAUCGUCUCCAACCACCAGAGCGUCCUGGACAUGAUCGGGCUGAUGGAAGUCCUUCCAGAGCGCUGCGUCCAGAUUGGCAAGAGGGAGCUGCUGUACACGGGGCCCGUGGGGAUGAUAAUGUACCUCGGAGGGGUGAUCUUCAUCAACCGGCAGAAGACCAGCACCGCCAAGUCCGUGAUGUCUGAAGUCAGCCAGAUCAUGAUCAGGGAGAACGUCAAGGUAUGGAUCUACCCAGAGGGAACAAGGAAUAUGAAUGGGGAUCUUUUGCCAUUCAAGAAGGGCGCUUUCCAUCUUGCAGUCCAGGCACAGGUUCCAGUCAUUCCUGUGAUCUACUCUUCCUUUUCUUCAUUUUACAACCCGGAAAAGAAUAUGUUUACAUCAGGCAGAAUCCAGGUGGAAAUCCUGCCGCCCAUCUCAACUAAGGACCUGACAGUUCAGGAUGUCGAUGAACUCACCAGCCAGUGCUACACCACCAUGAGGGAAACCUUCUUCAGGUUGUCAGGGAAGACGAGAGAAGCCAACGGAGAGGCCUCCGUCCUUGGGCAGUAGGGUCUCUUGCCAAAAUGCAGUGGGGCUCAGGUGUUGGAAGGAUCCCUCAGUUGCCCAAGACUGUUGCAAUGGCCCCCUUGCUUGACGUUGUGGGGAAAACUCGUAGGUUGUUCCUAAAGAACUGAGUGAGGGGAGGAGGAAAUUCAACUGGUAGAUCUGCUCAAACCUCUCACAUUCUUCUGGCCUUUCUCUCCCCACUUUCUUUUCCACAGAGUGACCGUAACCAAAGAUUUCCGCUCUGGAAAGGCCCUCCCUAGUGCCCACAACCAGCGGUUUAAACCAAAGUGCCUUUUUUCUCUCCUGGUGAUUCCAGGGUUUGGGGCCAACAGUUUCCUCCUUGCCCUCGGCACAUCCGGGGGUGAUGGUUGGGGCGCUUCUCCCCCUCCUCAGGCCCGGGGUCUCUCUUAGCAGAGAAACCAUUGCGGUGGAACGGCCCAGGGCUUGGCGCUUUUUUCCUAGGGAAAAUGAGUCAGGUCCCACUAUUUUAUGCAGCUACGCAUUGAGAGAGGGAACAUUCCCGAACCAGUAAUGAUCCUCGUUCAGAGCAGGAGAUGCUGAGUUUUUGCUUUAAUGGGGCUGCAUCUAUUAGUGUUGGAGGCAGGGUGCGUGGACACCCCACACGCAAACACACCGCAGGUCAGCUGGGAAGAACGUGAAGGACCACUGCUCUUUUGCCAUUACGGCAACCGAGCAAAUUCCAUUCCCCGCCUGGGCUCAGCCAGGGAGUUUCGAUGCUCGAGUGGGUUCCCACAUUGGCAGCAGCGACUUUAGCACUAGUGCAAAUAUCAUAAUGGCCUUAAGUGGAGGUCUUCAGGGUACACAGAAGAAGUGGAGGCUGUCUUGUAUGAGACAACUGCUACCCUCCCUCCCCACUUUAAAUGUUGCUUAAGAAUAAGCUUUCUUAUUUAUUGGGACAAAGUUUUCUCCCUGUUCUUUUCUUUGGCGAUACUAUGGCUAUGUUGCAAGAACAGAUAUUUCAAGGACUGUAUUUCCUUGGACAGUCAUCAACGUUGUCUCACGUGUUUUGAGUGUUGGAGUGUGAAGCAGACGUGGUAACUCGGAAAUUCUGAGAUUCUUGUGAUGGGGAAGAGAAGAGACCUGACAGGUGAUGGUAGAAGUACAGUUGGGGAGGGAAUUCCAAAACGGUUACGGAUGUGCAAAGAGAUUGGAUUCAACUUACCUGCAGUAGUGUUUGGGCUUCCCAACUGCUCAGCAAAGCCCGUCCAUUUUAUUUUUAGUUUUUGUCUGACAGAGGGCACAGUGCUGCUAGUAACUCUUCACUAAUUCCGUUGCCCUCAGCAGAGUUGUCAGUCUAUCUGCUGUUGCGUUAGGGCAAAGAUUCCCAUCAGUGCUGAGGGAAUCCAAAGGACUUUCAGACAGCCAUUGUGCUGGCUUGGCAUUGUGAUGAAGAACAUGCCAUUUUGUCCAGCGUUCCCUGCAAGUUGGGCUUUGGCCUUGUUAAAAUAUAGUUGCUCUUCCCAAGCCUUGACGUUGAUCCCAUCUUUGUCAUCAAAGCAACCCAAUGAGACCACCUGCCUGCUGUUGACAGAGUUGGGUGUGCGCUUCCUUCCGUGUCCCAGGUGAGAAAGGUGAGCGUGUCUGCACUCCGUCUGCAGAAAGGUGUCCCCUACCAUCUUCCUGCCAAAGCUUUGGCGUGGCCUCCAGCCCCAGGGAGGGCCUUGGAGUAUUUUUUUGCCUGCAAGCUGUGACUUUCUGCCAGAAAUCUUCACCCAUCCCGCACCUGCCAACUGACUGUCUUGGCACUGUCUCUGAACUGAUUUGGGCAGGAUGGUGGGCUAGAUGGUCUUCAAGGUGUCUGCCAGCCCUUGUGUUCCUUGCUAAUGGCAGCAGUGACGUCCCUUGGCUUCAUCCAGCCCCCUGUGGCCCUGCGUUGGUUCCCAUGGGUUACUCUUCCAUGCAGAGAGAGGGUUGGGAAUGGGUCUGUGUGCGGCUCUGCUCCCUUCGUUCAGAGCAGUGUUGUCCAAACUUGGUCACUUUAAGAUGAGUGGACUUCAACUCCCAGAAUUCCCCAGCCAGCCAU